UGUGAUCGGUCUUGGCCCAACCCAUUAAUGAUAUAGGCUACAGAAUUUCACCGUCAGAAGCUUAGUCAAGCUGGCUUUCCAGUCUCAGUCACGGAGGACAAACACCGGGACGACACAGCGGAAGCGAAACUGAAGUUUACUCAACACGCUGAGAGGGAGACACCGGUGGUUAACACUGAAAGCAAACCGUUUUAUCGAGGAGUUUAGCGCGAGGAAAUGCGCUCCCUAACGGGACUUAUAGCAGUAGUUGCAGCAGCAACCUUUUACCUUUAUCUGCUUUCUGCCUUCCUGCCGCCCUGUCCACAGUUAGUUCACCACCGGCGAGAUGAUACCGUGGAGUCCAAAGACACCGCCUCGGCUGAAAGUGAGGUUGUGGUUGAGCAGUAUAGGUUGAAGUUUCCCUCCGACCUGGACGAGCUGCGCGACUUGGCGGACAUGUUGCAUCUGUACAAGGAGGAGCACUCCAGCUACAUCCUGCUUCUCUUCUGCUCUGCCUACCUCUACAAGCAGUCCUUCGCCAUCCCCGGGUCCUCCUUCCUGAACAUGCUGGCAGGGGCGCUGUUCGGUCCCUGGCAUGGUCUCCUGCUGGCCUGUCUGCUCACCACCACAGGCUCCACCCUCUGCUACCUGUUGUCCCGGACUUUUGGCAAGCAGCACGUCAUGAGGCUGUUCCCCGAUAAGGUGGCCAUGCUGCAGAGCAAGGCGGAGGAGAACAGAAGCAGUAUGUUCUUCUUCCUCCUCUUCCUCCGGUUCUUCCCCAUGACUCCUAACUGGUUCCUGAACAUCACCUCCCCCAUCCUCAACAUCCCCCUCCCCAUCUUCUUCUUCUCUGUCCUCAUAGGUCUGAUCCCCUACAACUUCAUCUGUGUAAGGACGGGCUCCAUCCUAUCAGAAAUCUCCUCCAUGGAUGACAUCUUCUCCUGGGCGACCCUGCUGCAGCUAUUGGCUAUCGCCUGCAUGGCGCUGCUCCCUGGUUGGCUCAUCCGGCGCUACAGCCACGGCCAUCUUAAACUGGAAGGCCUCGAUCACAACGGACAAGCCCAGGACUGUGACCGCAAGAACAGAUGACUAGUGACCUUUGACCCCUCGAUGGUGACUACCAGAGGUCCCGGGUUGAGAGCAGAUCUUGUACGCAGAGGUCUGACUUUGGAGGUCUGGACUGGUUAGCAGUUUAUGUGGUUACCAUGACUAGUUAGCCAGUUAGCUGCUUAACAUUACUAGUUAAACUAGUUCAUUAGUGAAGGUUACACGCUUUGUUGAAAGUCACCAAGUCUUAAAUGCUGUCACUAUGACACCUGUCAUUUUUACCCAAACAAGCAUACCGAUGUGCAAUCA